AUGGCUCGUCCAAGUCUGUUGACCCAAUUCAGACUCUUCCAAGCACCAGCUCGACGAGGUUCUUCCACUGCAGUCCAAGCGGCUGGUCUUGUGAAUGAUGUUGAGGAAAAUACUCCCACGACAGACUUGGCUGCCGACCGCAGGGCCACAAGUUUGAGUCCCCCCACAACUCCAGUGAGACGCCCACGAAGUGCUUCAGCCGACAAUGAUAUCGACAGUGAACAUGAAACAAAAUGGCUUAAACGAUUUGCUAUGGAUGUUUGCAGGACCCAUGGUCUGCCCGACAACGCUUUGGAUGACUUUCUCAAUGCCAAGUCUGUCAAGGAGAUGUUUUUGAAUUUGAUGGCAACCCUGCUCACAAUGCAAAGGGCCGCCAAACGAUCUGCAAGUCAGGAAUUUAUUGCUUCGGAUGAUUUCAAGGGUAUCAUGAAAGAUAGAUUAUGUGCAUGCUUACUAUCGCCGAACCUAACAGGAUAUGUCCUCAAGCUUGCAGACAAUGUCAUUGCCUACACAAAGAAACACCCUACAACUUUCAAAAUUCCCGAUGGAAUCUUCGAGGAUUCGGAGAUGUCAGAUGUGGUGACUACAUUCAUCAAGGAGAAUUUGACGGCACAGCGGGGGAGCAUGAAGCAAAAGAUCAAUCAUAGUGUCAAAAUCAAGGCCAAUAUAUCUGUCCUCGCCAAGUCUCUGGCAACAACAGGUCACAAAGUUACAGCAGCACACUGGGUGCACUUUGCCUUUCUACGCAGUACCUUUGUCAACUUCCAGACUGUUGUUGAGCAGUCUAAGGCCACAUUGGCAGCUCAGGACAGUGCUGCUGUAGUGGAGAACAGGGAUGAAGACAAUGACUCCCUCGAUACCCUAGGCCCAGAUCCAGCCACAAGAGAGAACCAAGAACCUGAUGAAGUCACAGUUGCUGAUACGAUGGAGAAGAAACGGAACUGGGUAUCAACCAAUCUUUGGGAAUAUGUCGACCUUCUCCUUUGUGAUGUCAGGCAGGAAGCUCAUGCCAUUGGGAAGACACCAUUGGAACGCAAAAAGAUAGUCGAGACAUAA